AUGUUACUAGAAGACCAGAGAUUUAUCCAUGAAGACCUAGAGAGGCUUGAGCAAGGAAUCAGCGAUCGCGUUGCUGAGGAACCUCGCAAUAUUCGAGAACGAUUAGUUCGUGACCAUCAGGUUGCCGGCUUCCUCAAUCGCAUUCAAGAACAGUCUCAACGAUUGCUGGACAUAUAUCAAGAUGCAAACGGACUUCGCGCCAAAGAGAUCCAGUCUCUGUCCGUUGGCGACCCGAUGGAAGAGUUCUAUAAGCAGCUAGAAGAGAUAAAGGAUUUUCACCGCCGAUACCCAAACGAACCCGUGGAAAACCUCGAAAGGGCAUACAGGCAGGGCUCCGGCGAGAACGAUGCAGCACUCCAGGAGAUAGAGAAUAUGUUCACCGGAGAGGAGUCGCUCGGCCAGUUCUUCGAUCUCACAAAACUUCACGAGGGUUACCUAAAUUUACCCGGAGUGAAAAGGCUCACGUAUCUACAAUAUCUGGACUUAUUCGACGUGUUCACCCACCCGGAGCUACCUGUGAAACGUGCCAACAAGCUCACCGAUCAAUACUUCAACUAUGUCGGCGAACUUGCCUCUUAUCUCGAGAGUUUUAUCAAACGGUCCAAUCCAUUAGAACCACUUGACGAGCUUUUUGCAAGCUUUGAUACCGAGUUCGCGGAGCUCUGGGAAGCGAAGAAACUUCCUGGCUGGGAGGAAGAAACACAAGGAAAGAACGGUGCCGCGCCAAAGACUGAAGGCUCUGGGAAAGGAAUAUGGUGUCCUGAUUGUGAGAAAGAAUUCACAAACGAGAACGUAUACAAAAAUCAUUUAAAGGGCAAGAAACAUAUCCGAGCUGUUGAAGCGAAGAAAGCAAACGGCAACCCAGAAACUCAACAGCCGAAGGCUGGUGGAGAUAACGAUGCGAUAGUUCGCGGCCUUAAAGAGCGUGCAGUUGCGGAGCGGGAACAUCGCGUUACCGCUCUAGCGAAGGCUCUCAAAGAAGAACGACAGGCCACUCGUGUCAAUGUGGAGAGGAAGCAAGGAAUGACGGAGCGUGAACGCCAAAUGGAGCUUGAUGCGCUUUUCGCUGAUACUGGGGAUAACACCGCGGGACAACGUCGGGACUCUGAUUCUGAGAGCGACAGUGAUGAAAAGGUUUACAACCCACUGAAACUACCACUCGCAUGGGACGGGAAACCCAUACCUUACUGGCUCUACAAGCUACACGGCCUCGGGGUGGAGUUUCCCUGUGAGAUAUGCGGAAACUUCGUUUAUAUGGGCCGUCGUGCUUUCGACAAGCAUUUUUCAGAGGCGCGACAUAUUUAUGGUCUAAGGUGCCUUGGAAUUACACAACAAACAAGCUUGUUUAGAGAAAUUAUCAAGAUUGAUGAGGCACUGAGGCUAUGGGAGUCACUCGAAAAGGAACGAAAGCAUGAAAGGGAUGCCAAAGAGAAUGUGGUUCAAAUGGAAGAUGCAGAAGGCAACGUUAUGCCUGAACGAAUUUACCUUGAGAUUGAUGGCAAUGCUCUGCCUGGCAUUAUCAACAAGAUGUACGCUUUGGCAUCCGAGGACUAUGAAGACGGGUUGGCCACUCCAACACAUUUUGUUAUUCGAAACAUGAGUUGA